AUGGCUGAGCCACGACACACCGGAGACUAUGUUCGAGUGCAAACGAACAUUGAUCGAAAGAAAUAUGGCAAACGCAUCGUUCCGAUGAAAGUCCUCCAACUUGGACUCGGACGGACAGGUACCGAAUGUAUGAUUCAAACAUUGGGUGGAUGCGAAAUCAAGACACUGAGAAUGCGCCUCCAACAGCAACAUCAACAGCCCUCCAACUCCUCGGCAUUCAUGAAUGCUACCAUGGCUGGGAUCCCAUCUUCGCCAACCCGCGAGACAUGGAGAUGUGGUCUGAAGCCCUAGAGGCGAAAUUCGACGGCAAGGGCAAACCGUACGGUCGUGAGGAAUUCGACAAAUUACUCGGUCACUGUCAAGCCGUGUCCGACAUACCAGCGAUUCUCUUCAGCAAGGAACUCAUCGAAGCGUACCCGGAUGCCAAAGUCAUUCUGACGCAUCGCAAUUUCGACACGUGGUUCAAGAGUUGUAGUGAGAGCUUGGAUGUUGCUCUGGCUCAUCCGAUCAAUUUCGGAGUCAUGCAGCCUCUUGUGACGCUGUUCAAGCGGUAUGAUCGCUGGACGAGACCGACUUUGCUCAAGACUUGGAGGAUUUUGUUCAAGGGAAAUUUCCAGGCUAAUGCGAGGCAAGUGUGGAAUGAGCACUAUGAGCUUGUACGUUCAUUAGUGCCACCGGAGCGACUGCUAGAGUACAACGUCAAAGACGGCUGGGAUCCGUUGGUGCAAUUCCUCGAGGUGCCGCAUCCUGGUGUUGAAUUCCCGCAUGGGAAUACUACUGAUGCGGCGCUGAAGCGAGCUGAGUCUGAUUUGGCGCAGACGUUCAUGUACUGUAUGAAGAGAGCUUUCGGGAUGUGCUUCGGAACGUGGUUGGUAUAUAUCCUGAUCCGACGCUGGGUGGUUGUCAAGAGCAUGGGCUCGGGACAGUCGUUGCGCAAAAUGCUGGCCAAUUUUCUAAUUCGAGCGUGA